UAAGGCCCGGCCGCAAGCCUUGCCCCCGGCACCGACUCCUGCGUCGCGGCAGCGGGAGCCUCCAGACCAGGCUAUCUUAUGAGGAAAACCAACUGUUAAAAAAAUGAAGUUUCCUGUCUUCACAUUUGUUGGUAUUGUUCACCUAGUAUCCCUGGGCUCUGGAAGAGCUAUUAACAAGAAUAACAUCUCUCAGAGGACUUUUCAAGAAAUAAAAGAAGAAAUAGCCAGCUACAGAGACGUUGCUAAAGCCAUCAUCAAUCGUGCUGUGUAUGGUGAAUCCCAGAAUAGAUCUUAUGAGCGAUUGGCACUUCUGGUGGAUACUGUGGGACCUAGACUGAGUGGCUCCAAGAGCCUAGAAAAAGCCAUACAAAUCAUGUACCAAAACCUGCAGGAAAACGGACUGGAUAAUGUUCACCUGGAACCAGUCAAAAUACCUCACUGGGAGAGGGGAGAAGAGUCUGCUGUGAUAUUGGCACCACGAAGACAUCAGAUGGCCAUUCUGGGACUCGGCAGCAGCGUUGGGACGCCCCCAGAAGGCAUCACAGCAGAAGUUCUGGUGGUAACUUCUUUUGAAGAGCUGCGGAGAAGAGCCCCGGAAGCAAAAGGGAAGAUUGUAGUUUAUAACCAACCCUACGUCAACUACUCAGUGACAGUACAGUACCGUGUCAGUGGGGCUGUGGAAGCUGCCAAAGUUGGGGCUUUGGCAUCCCUCAUUCGGUCGGUGACUUCCUUCUCCAUCUACAGUCCUCACACAGGUAUACAGGAAUAUCAGGAUGGGGUGCCCAAGAUCCCAACAGCCUGCAUCACAGUAGAAGAUGCAGAAUUGAUGUCAAGACUGGCUUCUCGAGGUAUCAGAAUUGUUGUUCAGCUGAAGAUGGGAGCAAAGACCUACUCUGAUGCUUAUUCCUUCAACACUGUAGCUGAGAUCACUGGGAGCAAGUUUCCAGAACAGGUUGUACUGGUCAGCGGACAUCUGGACAGCUGGGAUGUUGGGCAGGGUGCCAUAGAUGAUGGUGGCGGAGCCUUCAUAUCGUGGGAAGCACUCUCACUUAUAAAAGAUCUUGGGCUCCGUCCUAAGAGGACUCUGCGCCUGGUGCUCUGGACUGCAGAGGAACAAGGUGGAGUUGGUGCCUCUCAAUAUUAUCAGUUACACAAGGUAAAUAUCUCCAACUACAGUUUGGUGAUGGAGUCUGACCUUGGAACGUUUUUACCCACUGGGCUGCAGUUCACUGGCAGUGAAAAAGCCAAGGCCAUUAUGAAGGAAGUCAUGAGCUUACUGGAGCCCCUCAACAUCACCCAAGUCUUGAGCGAUGGAGAAGGGACGGACAUUAGCUUUUGGAUACGAGAUGGAGUGCCUGGCUCACUUCUUCAGAGGUGUUUGCCAUUAGACUGGAAGCUGUGUGAGAGCAGGUACUUGGCAAUAAAUGAAGUCCAUCGUCCUGUCUCCAGGGUUCAGGAAGGCGCUUGGCUCUACGUGGUACUUCAACAGAUGUCACUUUGAACGGAUUGAUCCCCUCAUGCUUAUGUGCAAGUCAUGUGUGAAGAGAUCUGCAGAUGGCUGCCUUGCCUUAUAUGAAUACACACUGAACCAGUCUCCCAUAACUUGAAGAUCAUUUCUCAGCCACAUGAAAUUGAACAGAAAAUAAGUCAUGCUUCAUAUUCCAUGUCCUCGCUAAUGAGGCCAUCUUUGCAGUUUAAUUAGGGAAGGACAGCACACUUUCCCAUCUACCUCUUGUCAAAGACUUAAGGGGAAAAUGACUUACAAGAAAAACCAGCAGAACUACUAGAAUCACUUAUUUAUAAGUUAUACACUAGAAACUUUUUCAGGGUCUGCAGCAGCAAAUCUCAAGCCCCAUUUACCUUACCCUAUCAUUCUGCAGUUUGAAGAUGAGUGACAGAGCAGCUAAUGGCAUGUUACCCCACAAAGCAGCCAUUAUCAUCUUUUAUCAUCAGCCUUCCUCUUUUUUAAAAAAAGAACACACAAAAAUGUGUAAAUUGCAGUUUAUCUCGCCACAGAAGCAUUUAAUCAAAUGUACUAUAAUUAUAAUUUGGGUGGCUACUGAGAAUAAUCACUGUUUCUUCAUUACCAGGAUUGUCCUAAAAAAUUACAUUAAUGAGGGUCAACCGUAAAUAGCUUUGAGAAUUGAGCUACAUUUAAACACUGAAUUUGCAUCUCUUCUUUGUGGCGCCUAUAAAUGGACUACUGUAGGCUGGGAGCUUUUCAUGGGCAUUGGCAUUUAAUGGUUGCUCCUUGAACCCAACCUUCUACUUGAAGUGAAAUGCAUUUGCGUUAAACACACAUUCAUUUCCAAAGCUCCUUCUUAUACAGUUGU